CGCGAUGGCGGCCACCAAGCGGGUGCUGUACGUGGGCGGGCUGGCCGAGGAGGUGGACGAGAAGGUUCUGCACGCCGCCUUCAUCCCCUUCGGAGACAUCACCGACAUCCAGAUCCCGCUGGAUUACGAGACGGAAAAGCACCGGGGAUUCGCCUUUGUGGAGUUCGAGCUGGCAGAGGAUGCAGCAGCAGCUAUUGACAACAUGAACGAGUCCGAGCUCUUUGGCCGCACAAUCCGGGUGAACCUGGCCAAACCCAUGAGGAUUAAAGAAGGAUCAUCCAGGCCUGUCUGGUCAGAUGAUGAAUGGCUGAAGAAGUUUUCAGGGAAGACUUUGGAGGAGAACAAGGAGGAGGGAGGAGGAGAAGCCCCCAAAGCAGAGGCGCAGGAGGAUGAACCUCCUGCCAAGAAAUCCCGGGUCAACCCGCAGGUUUUCAUGGACAUCAAGAUUGGGAACAAACCGGCGGGGCGGCUGCGGAUCCUGCUGCGCUCCGACGUGGUGCCCAUGACCGCGGAGAAUUUCCGCUGUCUCUGCACCCACGAGAAAGGGUUUGGCUUCAAAGGCAGCAGCUUCCACCGGGUCAUCCCCCAGUUCAUGUGCCAGGCUGGGGAUUUCACCAACCACAACGGCACCGGUGGCAAAUCCAUCUAYGGCAAGAAAUUUGAUGAUGAAAACUUCAUUCUCAAGCACACAGGGCCAGGUAAAACCAUCUGCAGGAGGGACUGGAGAGAAAAUGUCUCAGCAUCGUGCAGGGACCAAAUUUGGGUUGUUUUGGCCAUGUUGAUAGCAGCAGCCCUGAAUUAUAAUUGGUUGUUUUGA